UUAGUGCGUGCGUUGGACCCCGGAAACGUCACGUGUUCACUGAAAACUUUGUUACCUUCUGCUUCCAUGUUCAAUGCAUGCAGUGGAGUCUACUUUUGGAAAACUGAGGACAGCAGGAUAGUAAUACGACAUGGAAGAGGACCAGACGGUAGUUGUAGGGCUGUUGGUGUGGGUAUUGGCUGUCUUACUGGGGCUCUUCUGCAGCCUGGAUGUAUGGUACUUCCUGCGGUCGGGCACGACGGUGAUCCGGGCGUGGUUUCAGCCUGUGGUCCGGGACAUCCUGGGAGAGCAGAGUGUGUCAGGCCUUGUGGCCCCUCAUGACAUGGACCUGUGUCACAUGAACAAUGCCCGUUACCUGCGAGAAUGUGAUUUUGCACGCUACUCCCUAUACACGCGGAACGGGGUGUUCAAGGCCCUCCGGGCCCUGGGGGCCUCCAUGGUAGUGGGGGCAACCACCAUCCGCUACCGCCGCGCGCUGUAUGUCGGGGAGCGCUUUGAGCUGCGCAGCCGUAUUGUUGCCUGGGACGACAAGUCCUUCUACCUGGAGCAGAGAUUUGUGUCCAGCAAAGACGACCGAGUCUCGGCGGUCAUGCUCUGCAAACAGACUAUCAUACGCAGAAGUCCAGACAACAUCAUGCAGUUCCUGUGUAAGAGAAAGGUGGAGUGCCCUGAGUAUCCAGAGGAUCUCAAGCAUUGGAUCAGCUACAUUGCAGCCAGCAGUCAGGCCUUGAGAGCCGAGAGUGGACUAGAGGAGAAGAACAAAUGAAGCCAGAACUGAGCAUACCGCUCCCAUCUGCAUUAAAACCUCAGUGCCUAUGCCUUCACAACUGCUGGUCAUUCAGUAAACGCACAGGAACACAAGAAACCUUAACUUCAGCAGAUUGUAGGCUGUGUGCAGGUCAGAAAGAUUCAGACAGUGUUCUGUUGGGAAACCUUGAUGCAUCGGUGCCUUUCUCAAAAUGGAAAUAAAACACUAUAUGGGUUGUCGUGUCAAACGUUUGAAUUAUCGUCUGAAUUGUUUGCAGUUUGAGUUGUAGCCUAUUCAUGGGAAGUGUUGCAAUGGAUUUAUUUGUUGUAAAUAAAAUAUUUGUGGUUGACAGUAA